CCAAGUGUAACUAACAUAAGGCCUUGACCUAUCUUUUCGACCUGUUAUUGACCACUUAUUCUUUCACGACCAAAUAUCCAACCAAUACUCGAGCACAAUGACCGAGAAACUCCCAACCCAGAUGCGAGCGUGGCAAUACGUUCCCUCGCAAAAUGCCCUCCCCAAAUCCCUAAUCCUCAACACCACGGCGCCCCUACCUCCAUCCUCAGGCCUCCUUGUUCGCGUCACAUCCAUGUCCACCAAUCCAGUCGACUACAAAAUCGCCGAAGCAGGUGCACCUUUCAAAUAUAUGCUCUCGACCCCGACUACCCCCGGCCAAGACUUUUCCGGCACCGUCGUGUCGGUACCCUCCUCCUCCUCGUCGUUGUCCAUCAAGCCCGGAGAUUCCAUCUUCGGGCUCGCAGGCCCGCUCGCGAAACACGGCGCGCUUGGCGAGUUCGUGGCGCCGAAACUCGACGCUGUGGCCCUGAUCCCCGAGGGUGUCAGUCAUGAUGACGCGGCUGCGCUGCCGACGGCGGGCGUCUCAGCGCUGCAGAGUAUCGUGCCGUAUGUCAAGCCUCAAAGCGGGGCGCGGGUGUUGUUGAACGGGGGUAGUGGGGCGGUGGGCACGUAUGGGAUCCAGAUUGCGAAGCUGCUGGGCGCGCACGUCACGGUGACGUGUAGUAGUGCGAACAUUUCGCUGUGCAAGGAGCUCGGCGCGGACGAGGUCGUGGAUUAUAAGGCGGGCGAUGUAAUUGCGAGUCUGGGUGAUAAAGGACCGAUGUUUGAUUUAGUGGUUGACAAUGUGGGAUCACCGGCGGAGCUGUAUCCCGCGAGCAAUGCGUUUUUGAAGCCGCAGGGCACGUUUGUCAAGGUUGCGGGUAUGCCUAGUCUUGGUGAUUUGGGUGCGACCUUGAGUGCGAAGUUAAGACCGGCGAUGUUGGGCGGGGGUAAGGCGAAGCAUGUGUUUAUGAUGAUGGCUAGCAAGGAGGGUGAUUUGAAGCAAUUGGCCUCGUGGUUGAAAGAGGGCAAGAUCAAGACUGUGAUUGAUUCGACGUAUGAGUUCGAAGAGGCGCCAAAUGCAUAUGAGAAGCAGAAGACUGGGAGGGCAAGGGGUAACAUAAUUGUCCAUGUCUCGAAAGCUUGAGUAGUAGGACGGAUAGAGUCUUUGAACAGACCCAUCCUAUUUUUGACAUUUUCUAUGCUCGCUAAUGGUUCUAUAGUAAGAGAUAUGCAGUUCAUGAUGUUCAUCAAUGUUUCUACUCCCUCAUUAACGCUGCAAUCAGGUAUGCUGUAUUCAAGGAAUCCAUGUAUCAACCUACUUCAAAGUCCAAGGUCAUAGAGGAAACAGCCCGUUGUUCUGAAGUUGUAAACAAACGCAGCUCUUCCUUCUGCGGGAUGUCCUUCGUCCUUCCAUCUUUUUGCAUAGCGUGUAAGCAUGUUAUGGACAUCCUGUAGAUAUUCCCUCUCUGCUAAAGGCA